GUAAACUCUAAACAGAACCUGAGAGUGCAGCCUAAUAAAUAUCCAUAUGGCCAUUAAACAAAUAUGCACUUCAGAUAUGCUGUCUAGAAGUAUUUGGUUAGUGCUGCUACUGACCCUAGCUACUGUUACCAGGAGCGAGCACUAUCACAUUGUGCCAGUGGAUUCAACUGACUUGUGUCAUGACUAUCGAAAUGGAAAUUGUUUCACUCUCGAGCAACUUGUUCAAAGAGACCUGUUAUCUGGUGGAGACAAUCUCACCUUGAGCUUCCUACCAGGAGAUCAUGUGCUAACGGAGCAUUUAUUGAUUUGUAACUUCUCGCAUGUGCAUAUCAUUGGCCAAAACGAAAGUCCUGCUGUAGUCAGAUUCGAUAGCAAUAGUGCGAUACUUUUUGCUAGUACUACUGAAUUAAAUAUUGAGCACUUAGGUUUUGUUGGAGCGAAUGUUGGACCACAAAACGUUGAAAUUUUGAUCAUUGACAGUGCCUAUGAUAUCUACAUCAAUCACUGCUAUUUUUCAGAUUUUAAAUUACUCAAUCAAGUGGAAAACCACCUAGUUAAGAUUGCUAAUACUCAAGCUGCAACGAUAGAGAGCACUCUCUUUAUGAACAACACUGGUCGGGUACUGCACGUUGUGGCUCAUGAUGUUUACAUAACAAAUAAUGAGUUCACUGGAAAUAAUGGAGGUGCAGUUGACAUUGAAUCAAACAACACACUGAUUAACAACACAGAGUUCAACUACAACAGUGCUUGGAGCGGAGGAGCAGUAGCAGUGGUAUCUGGUACUGUAGUGAUCACUUGGUGUAACUUCACAAAUAACAAAGCUUUCCACUGUGGUGGAGCGAUUGCUGUUGUCUCAGGCAGUGUGUCCAUCUCAGAUUGUGAACUAACAAACAACAGAGCUGACAGAAGUGGUGGAGCGAUCCUUGUUAAUUCAGGCAGUAAUGUGUCCAUCUCAGACAGUGUGCUAACAAACAACAGAGCUGACAGGAGUGGUGGAGCAAUUGAUGUUGACUCAGGCAGUAGUGUGUCCAUUUCCGACAGUACACUGAUAAACAACAGAGCUGAUAAAAGUGGUGGAGCGAUUGAUAUUGACUCAGGUAGUAGUGUGUCCAUCUCCGACAGUACACUGACAAACAACAGAGCUGACAGAAGCGGUGGAGGAGCGAUUGAUGUUGACUCAAGCAGUGUGUCCAUCUCGGACAGUAUGCUGACAAAUAACAGAGCUGACGGGAGUGGUGGAGCGAUUUCCGCUUACUCAGGCAGUGUGUUCGUUUCCAACAGUACACUGACAAAUAAUAAAGCUGACGUGAGUGGUGGAGCAAUUUAUACUCACUCAGGCAGUAUUGUAUCCAUUUUCAACAGUACACUCACAGACAACAGAGCUGACAGGAAUGGUGGAGCGAUUGAUGUUAACUCAGGCAAUGUGUCCAUCUGGAACAGCAUACUGACAAAAAACAGAGCUAACAGGAAGGGUGGAGUGAUUGCUAUUUACUCAGGCAGUAGGGUGUCUAUUUCCAGUAUAUCUAUCUCGGACAGCACACUGACAAACAACAGAGCUAACAAUGGUGGAGCGAUUAGUGUUGACUUAAGCAUUGUGUCUCUCUCUGAUAGCACACUGACAAACAACAGUGCUGGAGCGAUUUAUUCCUUUGACAGUAAUGUGACCAUCUCAGACAGCACACUGUCAAAUAACAGUGCUAGUGGGACAAUUAUUGUUGACUUACACAGUAGUGUGAUAAUAUCAGACAGUACACUGACACACAAUAGUGCUAAUGAGGGUGGAUCAAUUGAUGUCUUCCAAUCUUCCACCUUGAUCAUCAACAACACUAGUGUUACUAACAACAUGAUGAGUUUGAACAUUUCACAGUCAAAUGUGACAUUUACUGGAAUGAAUAUUGUCAGCAAUAACCAUGGUCCCAUCUAUGCUUUCAAUAGUCGAGUCGAGUUUAAUGGACCUACAACUCUCAGUAACAAUUGUGGUGUAUUUGGUGGAGCUAUCAGCAUUGUCCAGAGUGAAAUGUACAUUAACACGAAAGGGGUGAUCAUCACCAACAACACAGCUACCUCUGGAGGAGGGAUAUUUCUAAGAGAAAGUACACUCUUUGUAAAUGAGCCAAUAGAGAUCAAUCUCAACACAGCACAGAAUGGUGGAGGGAUUUAUGCAUAUUCUAGCAAAAUUGAGUUUCAAUCAUCAGGAUCAGUGGUAAGUGAUUAUCCACUUCCUCUAAAUAAACAAAGUAAGAUUGCUGACAACAUUGCUGAGAAUGGUGGAGGUAUUUAUGCAGUUGCUACAUCCAUUAAACUUACUCAAUCAUAUGUCAACAUUGACACAAACACAGCAACCGCUGAAGGUGGUGGAGUGUAUCUACAGCAAAAUUCGAAACUUUACCUUUUUAAAAAAGACAUUGAAUAUCCGAUGUCUAGGCCUCGGGAUCAAUUAUUUGUCAAGUUAAUGAUUAAUAACAACUCGGCUCGGUACGGAGGUGGGAUAUUCGUGGCAGAUGACACUGAGAGUGGUGCGUGCAGAGGAGGGGCCACUGAAACAAAUACUACUCAGACCAUUUUUUCUGACUGCUUCAUUCAAACAAUUAAACAGUAUAGAAAGAGAUUUGCUACUCCAAACUAUUUCAAUUCAUUCAUGACUAACAACAUAGCUACCCAGUCAGGAGCAGACAUUUACGGAGGUUUGUUUGACAGGUGUACAGCAAGUCAAAAUGCUGAAUAUCACAUUUCUUCAAACGAAUCUCUAUCAGAUUACGUAAGGAAAACAGUAAAAUUUUCUUCGAUAUCCUCUAGGCCUAUUCAAGUAAUUUUAUGUAACCAUUCACAAAGUGACAAUAUUUCCACAAAAAAGGGACAUGUGAUUAUAGUAAGUGUUACGGCUGUUGACCAAGUUGGAAAUUCAUUGAAUGCCACAAUUCGAAGUUCUGUUAUCACUGAGAGUAGAGUUGGUCGUCUUAAAGAAGGACAAGCAGAACAAACAGUUGGCAAUCAGUGCACAGAAUUAGAGUAUAAUGUAUUCUCACAAGAUAGAUCUGCUCAAGUGGUACUCUAUGCUGAUGGUCCAUGCAUCAAUUUGGGAAUUUCAAGACAAAUUAUCAAUAUAUCUUUUCUACCAUGUACAUGCCCCUUUGGGCUCAAGCCAAUUCAGUCUCCAAUUGAGUGCAAGUGUGACUGUGAUCCAGUCUUGCAACAAAGAUAUCAUAUAACAAACUGUUUUGAGGAAAAUGGGACCAUUGAAGUGAACAACAUAUGGAUAGAAGUCAUAAAUACCACCAACGGAACAGGUUAUGUUGCUAGUAACUGUACAUUUGACUAUUGUGUACAAAAACCAAUCAAUAUCAGCCUAAGCAACCCUGACAAACAGUGUGCCUACAAUCGAAGUGGUGUCUUGUGUGGAGAAUGUGAACCAGGACUCAGUCUUGUGUUGGCUACGUCAAGAUGUGAACAAUGCUCUAAUAUUUACCUUCUUCUUUUAAUUCCAUUUGCACUGGCAGGCAUAUUGCUAGUUGCUUUAAUUCUCGUGCUCAACAUUACUAUAGCAACUGGAACGAUUCAUGGCCUCAUUUUCUAUGCUAACAUGCUAGCAGCUAAUAGAUCGAUUUUCUUACCUAACUUAAACAACUUUUUAACAGUUUUCAUAUCAUGGGUGAAUCUUGACUUGGGAAUCGAGACAUGCUUUUACAAUGGAAUGAACUCUCAAGCAAAAGUACUCCUUCAACUUGUCUUUUCAGCUUACAUGUUUCUUCUGAUGUUCUUAAUAAUCAUUUUGAGCAAGUACUUUGACUCAUUUGCAAAGCUCCUCUCCAACAGGAACCCAGUUGCUGCCCUAGGCACACUCUUCCUACUCUCUUAUUCCAAACUCUUACGAUUUAUCAUUGCUGCACUACAAUACAGGGUCUUAGAUUAUCCUGAUCAUACAAAUGAUAUAGUUUGGCUGUACGAUGGCAAUGUGCAAUACUUCACUCCAAAACACAUCCCUCAAUUUGUAGCUGCCGUCAUAAUCCUCAUUGUCGGUGGAUUGUUCACUGUACUGCUUUUCUUUGGACAAUGGUUUCCACGCUGUUCUAAGGUUAUGAAAUGGACCAAGAACACAAAAUACAUUGGUUUUAUGGAUGCAUACCAUGCUCCAUUCACUCCCAAGCAUCGCUAUUGGGUGGGACUGCUCCUCUUUGCUUUGAUUACUCAUAAUCUAGUAACUGCUAUGGCUCCAAACACUUCUCUCCCUAUUCUAUCAGCUGGGGUUCUUUCAGCUGGAAUUAUUGUCUGGAAACUACUAAAUAAUCGCUUGUAUAAAAACACAUUAUGUGGUUCCUUCGAAACUCUCUAUCUAUUCAAUGUUGCUAUUCUUGCAUUUGGCACCUUUUUUGUCAGAGAUACAAAGAAAAAUCAGUCAGCACUAGCCAAAACUUCAAUGGCUAUAUCAUUCACUUUAGUUGUGAUAAUACUCUGCUACCACUUUUACCAAUCUAUACUCAAGAAAAGUAAUACAUGGCUGAAGAUAAAGGACAUUAUAAGGAAAUUAUGUGUUGAUGUUGCAGACAGACGAGCUAACAAUGGCUGGGAAAUGUAUCGUCCGGUAGUCGAUGAAAAUGAUGACGAUGAAUUACUUGAAGUAGUAGACGACUAUGAACAAAGAGACCCGGUGGACCCACCUUACACUGGUGGAGCCGUGGAAGAAGCUGACCCUGAUCGCUACAUCACUCCUCCCAUCAUCAGACCAGCCACGAGGCCUGACCAGCUGAGACUAUCCUACAUGGAUGAACUAGCCCCCCUCACCGCAGAAGACCACAGACAAGUCCCUCCCCCUCCAAGAGUCAACUGUCAUCCCGUUGUUACACACACAGAAGUCGGUCCCAUACACAAUAAAGUGUGAACUGUCUUAUAAUUAUAGCUACA